UGGGAGCUGCUCGAGCCAGUCUGCCCCCUACCCUAUGGGAGCAGCCCUGGAGGUGGCGUUUGCCGUUAGACCCGCCCAGCUCCUUCACUGUACUGGUGUCCAGUGGAGCAACGACCCCGCACCAGUCAAAAGCGGGCCAGAAUGGGAGUGAAGGUGGAGACCAUCUACCCCGGAGACAGACGCACUUACCCCAAACGUGGCCAGACCUGCGUGGUGCACUACACUGGGAUCUUUGAAGAUGGAGAAAAGUUUGAUUCCUCCCGUGACAGAAAUAAACCCUUCAAGUUUGUGAUGGGCAAACAGGAGGUGAUCCGAGGCUGGGAAGAAGGCGUCGCCCAGAUGAGUUUGGGCCAGAGAGCAAAAAUGACCAUCUCUCCGGACUAUGCCUAUGGUCCCACUGGUCACCCAGGUACUAUUCCACCAAAUGCUACUCUCAUCUUUGAUGUGGAACUCAUAAAAUUGGAAUGACAGAAGUGGUUUCUUUCCCUAGAGCCAGAUUUCUUGAAUUGGACAGAAGGCAGAAUCUAGAGUCUCAGCUUCAAGAAGCACAAGAUUUUUUUUUUUUAUGGAGCUUUUCUUUGAUGUUUUACCAUAUUCAUUAUAUAAAUAUAUACACUUA